CAACAGGAAAGACAGGGCCAGAGCUCGGAGAGAACAAGGAGGGAAGAGACCAAGAGAAGUACAGCAAAGAAGAUCAAAGGAAAGAGGACCAGGAAAAGGAGAUCAAAGAGAAGGGAAUUGCAUCUCGAACUGUGCCAGACGAGCACUGCACAAAAUAGACUAGAUGUCCAACAAUAUUCCCACACAGGACAAAAUGGAAAAGCAAAAACUAAGUGCUAAAAUCAGUCCUCGGGUGUCCAAGAGCUCCACACAGCGUCUUAGUAGGGACCUCACCUGCUCCAUCUGCCUAGACCUAUUCAAGUGCCCGGUUUCCUUGCCCUGUGAUCACACUUACUGCGAGGCUUGCAUUACGAGUUACUGGACCGGCCCUCGCGGCAAAGGGCAAGGUGGGUCUAGUUCGUGUCCUCAGUGCCGCAAAGUGUUUACUGGCCAGAGCUACCGACCCAACCGCAUUGUGGCAAACAUAGUGGAGAGCUACUGCCAAGGUAUAGAGGAAAGUGAGGGUCGGUUGGCCGGUGGAGGAUUGUCAGCUGACAAAGUGCCUUCUACACCGUUGUGCACCCGUCACAGAGAAGAGUUGAAGCUGUAUUGUGAAGAAGACCAGGAACUGGUGUGUCUAGUGUGUGGGAUUUCUCAGGACCACAGGGCUCACACACUGGUGUGCGUGCAAGAUGCACAACAGAGAUAUCGGGCUUCUCUUAGCAUGUCUGCAAGUGCCCUUCAAUUAGAACUCAACACUGCUUUGGAAUGUGAAAGAGAGACUGAAAAAGAGGUGAAAAAGCUGAAGGACCACACGGCAGACCUGAAACAGAGAAUUGAGGCUCAGUUCAGCGAGCUCCAUCAGUUUCUGUACCAGGAGGAGAAACUUAUUCAGGUCAAGCUGAAGACAGAGGAACGACGUGAGCUUAUAAGACUUGAUGAGCACAAGGCCUUGCUCAGUGUGGAGAUCUCCCGCCUGCGCAGAGCUAUGAAUGACAUUAAGGACAAACUCAGCGAACAGGACCCAUACACACUGCUCAGGAGCAUAAUGGGCCUGCUGCAAAGGCAGCCACCAAAGUUCGAGAAGCCUGCACUGGUGCCACCCAGCCUGUGUGAGGGCCGAUUUGCUGGGCCCCUACAGUAUAGAGUGUGGAAGUCACUAAAAGGAAGCAUUUAUCCAGUUCCCUCAGCCAUAACAUUUAACUCCAAUACAGCCAACCCCUGGUUGAGUCUUACAUCCUCACUCACCUGUGUGCGCUACCAGACCUUCAACAGCACAAUGCAGGACAACCCAGAGCGCUUCAAUGCUGCCUUGUCUCUGCUGGGCAGUCAGGGCUUCACUAAAGGCCGCCAUUACUGGGAGGUGGAGGUGUACAGCAGCACCGUUUGGACGGUGGGAGUCGCCCGUGAAUCGGUCACGAGGAAAGGUGUCAUCAAUACCAUGCCGGUCAAUGGCUUCUGGACGCUCUCACUGUCGUAUGGAGUUCAGUACAUGGCAGGGACCUCUCCUCCCACAUUACUGUCUUUGGAAGAGCCACUGGCAAGGAUUGGCGUGUAUCUAGACUGCAAAAGGGGUCUGGUGUCAUUCUACAAUGCUGGAAGCAUGACACACCUAUAUACCUUUAAGGAAACCUUCACUGAGACCCUCUACCCUUAUUUCAACCUGGGCUUCCUGGACAAAGUGCAUGAAAAUGAGCCUCUUAAAGUCUUUCUACCUAAAAUCUGAUUUCACCCACAAAAAAAUAAAUAAAUAAAAUACUGUCAUUAUUUACUCAUCCCUAUGUUGUUCCAAACCCUGUAAGCCUCAGUCACCAUUCACUUUCUUGCAAUAAAGAUAAAAUAAAAAUAAAAGUAAAUGGUUACGAGUAUGGAAGCGCAUAAGGAUGAGUAAAUUAAAAGUAAUUUGGACAAAA